AUGUCUUCCCUCUCGCUGCCAGAGAACCUCCAACCCGCCGACUCCCCCUUCACCUUCCACCCGUCCCUGGCCCGCGACCCGGACCUGGCGGCGCAGUUCCUCCAGUCCGACUUUGCCGCCCGGGACCGCGUCAUGGCGCACAAGCACGCGCGCAACGGCGUCCUCGCCGCGCUGGCUGCCAACUUUCCGCCUCGGGACCCGAUCCCCGACGGGAACGCGGGGCUCGAGGCGCCCGAGGAGGGCAGUCUGGCGGCGACCGUGCACGAUGCCAUGCAGCCGGGUGCAGAAGAGGCGGAGGGCGAGGGGGGUCCUUGCGUGGUCUGCGAGAACAGGACGCCAAAGUUUAGUGGUCCGCCUCCUCGUCCUGCUCCCGUGCGUGGCGAGGGGUGGAAUAUUGGUGAUUGCGUGCCUGCUGAUGCAAAGAGUGGAAUCAGGGCCAUCGGGAGACGGCAGUGA